AUGAAUAGUGAGUUUGAAACUGAUCAAAGUUCUAAUAGAGAUGGCGAAGUUGUCGAUUCAAAAACAACAAAGAAGGGGAAAAGUUAUGGCCGUGUGAAAGAUAUCAUGAGACAAAUAAUUAGGCUAAAUAGUCAUACUGUAGGUGACGAGUGCGUGUGCCGCAGAUUAAAAUGCUUUGAAAAUAUUUCAUUAGAUAAUAGACUAAAACUAAUAAGAGAGUUUAAAGAACUGGAUUCGUAUGAUAAACAAAAUAGCUACUUGGGAGGUCUUGUUACGACUUUACCGAUGCAAAGCCGUACGAGCAGAAAACCACAUGAGGAGCCAAAGAUUAACCAAAGUUCAUUUGUGUACAGAAUAAGAGUAAAAAGUAAUGACAGUUUUCGUGACGUUCCCGUUUGCGCUUUUAUUUCUGUUCACGGGAUUACUUCUCGAAGAAUUCAAAAAAUUAGAGAAUCAUUGGCUUCUAAUGGCACUCUAAAACCAGUUGGAAGGGGUGAAGUGAAUUCGCGUAUUCACGAUUUACAUCUUCAAUUUGUGACUAAAAGUGGAACCGUUUCUCCGUCGGAAAGUAGCAAACUCCGUAGAGACUCGACGUCAUCGACGACGGCGAUAUCUAGUCAUCAACGGACAAGUCAAAACAGUGUUUGUGAUCUUGACUCAGUGCUCAGUGAUAAAAUACCAAAAGUAGCAGUGCCGGAUACGAAAAAAAUACGCGCCAUUUUGAAAGAACACGAUUCUUUGGUGCUGCAAAAGCAUCUGUUGACGUCUACAGUACGAAAUCAGCUCCUUGAAGAACAGCUAGAAUCGGCAUCUAGUAUCGAAAUGGAACUUACGGAGAGAUUAAAUAAAUUUAAAGAAGAAUACGACGAAUUAAAAUUUCAGUUGGAAGACAAAACAAUUGAACUAGAAGGCACCAGAGCACGAAUUCGUCUCCUAGAAGAUCUCCAAAAACCUUUAACGAAAAGCAGCUCACCUGAUAUCAUUCCAAAUUUAGAGUCAACACCUCCUGGUCGACCGCCUUCCCGCACUGAAAUAUCCACACCAAGUAUGAAGGCCAUGAGUCCCCUUAUCAUGAACAGCAUGAAAGCGAUGACUCUGAACCUUCAAACAGAUCAUUCGAGUAGCACGGAAUCUGCGCACGACCAGUCUACGGAGAAGGAGAAGAAGGACAGUUCGAGAACGAGACGGCCGAGUAAGAUACCUUUGAAGAGUUAUACUGCGCCAAAACCUCCGGGAGCUGCCAGUAGAUCUAUUAAUAUUACUACUGAAGUGUUUAUUAGUGACAUAUCUACUUGGUUUAAUACCACUGUGGGAAUAAACAAAUUAAAAAAAGCAUUUUUAAACGACGUUCUAGCGUCUUGCAAAUUUAUAGCUUCUGUUCUCAACGAGAUUUGUGUGUAUGUGUAA